AAAAGUGUACAUUUUAAAGUAAGGUUCACUUGUAUUGUCAAGUACAAUAUUUUAGUACGAGGGAUAGUUUGAGGUGUUGUCAACAUUUUGAUAAAUUCAAGUUAACAAAAGUACGGUACAAGUGGAAACCGAAGAAAUAAUUGCGGAUGGAAAGUGGGAUUCUUGGUUCCCUUUUUUUUUUUUUUUUUUUGGGUGGCUUUGACGCGCGUACUUUGCGCAAGGAGGACGCGCGCUGGUUUGAUGUUGUCACGUUAUGACCACUUUUGGAACGUUUGCACGAGUUUUCAAGUUCACGGGGGGUACAGUGGCAAAAUGCUGGGCGAGUGGCUCUUUUUUUUUUUUUUUUUUUUUUUUACAUAUAUAAUUGAUGUUUUCCCAUGGAGGAGCCCCUCCCAGCGACGCAACACAUGCAGGUGGAAGGAAUCUUUUGCUUUUUGUGUGUGGGCUGGUGUGGGACUAACAUGAAGAGGGCGAGCCAAUCAAGUCCCUCCCCUGCUAUAGAUCGCUGCUAUAAUACAAAGCAGUAAAAAGCGGGUCGUCUCACACAGGCGGCUGCAGCUCGACUUGAGGAUCCGGCGGGUUUCUUUUUUUUUUUUUCCUUAUUAUUAUUUCCUUUCGUUGCACCUCCUUUCAAAGAGAAAAAAGGAAGAAGAAGAAGUAAGAAGAAGAGGGCAAAAACAAGACUCCUUGGAUGUUCUUCCACCUCAUUCUCAUUUCCGCACCUGCCGUCUAAGAGAACCGGAGGGGGGGCGAGCGACAAGGGCACCGAGAGAGAACCGGCAAAGGCGCACCGAGAGGCGGCCACCUCGUGAAGGACACACACCCCCCUCUCCCUCCUCCUCCCUUCCCCCCCUCCCUCCCCGUUCAUCAACAUGCUGCUGUGGACCAGAAUAGUCCUGGUCGCCGUCGUCUGCUCGUCCUUGGCGGUGUCCCCCGGCAUGGGAUGCGGACCGGGCCGGGGCUACGGCCGCAGGAGGCACAACAAGAAGCUGACACCUCUCGCCUACAAGCAGUUCAUCCCCAACGUGGCCGAGAAGACCCUGGGGGCGAGCGGCCGCUACGAGGGCAAAAUCACGCGCAACUCGGAGCGCUUUAAAGAGCUCACGCCCAACUACAACACGGACAUCAUCUUCAAAGAUGAGGAGAACACCGGCGCCGACAGGCUCAUGACUCAGCGGUGCAAAGACAAGCUGAACUCGCUGGCAAUCUCAGUGAUGAACCAAUGGCCUGGCGUCAAGCUGCGGGUCACCGAGGGCUGGGAUGAGGACGGCCACCAUUUCGAGGAGUCUCUCCACUACGAGGGCCGGGCGGUGGACAUCACGACGUCGGACCGCGACAAGAGCAAGUACGGCACCUUGUCCAGGCUGGCGGUGGAGGCUGGUUUCGACUGGGUCUACUAUGAAUCCAAAGCCCACAUCCAUUGCUCGGUGAAAGCAGGUAUGCCGCAAGAUGAUGACGAAGCUUUUUUGAUCAAACCCAACCAGGUUUUCUGGUAG